CGCAGUGCGUCCUGUUGUGCUCCAUACCCGUGCAGGAUAGCGACUGUUUUUGCAUUGUUUGUGGGGGUCAUUUCUAUUUUGAUUCAGUACUGGAAAUAUCAUUUUUUUUAAUAUUUUUAUAAAAUCGCCUCGCCUAUUACACGACACACGGUAAGAUGAGCAAGCGAAAAGCCCCGCAGGAGAGUCCUAACGAGGGCAUUACUGAUUUUCUGACAGAGCUGGCCAAUUACGAGAGGAAUGUGAACAGAGCGAUCCACAAGUACAACGCAUACAGGAAAGCUGCCUCCGUUAUCUCCAAGUAUCCGGACAAGAUAAAGAAUGGAAACGAAGCCAAGAAGCUGGAUGGUGUUGGUGCGAAGAUAGCAGAGAAGAUCGAUGAGUUUCUGUCCACUGGGAAGCUCCGGAAAAUCGAGAAGAUCCGCAACGAUGACACCAGCUCUUCAAUCAACUUCCUCACCAGAGUGACAGGCAUUGGGCCCGCUGCAGCCCGCAAGUUCGUGGAGGAUGGAGUGAAGACCCUGGACGAUCUGAAGAAGAUUGAACACAAGCUCAACCAUCAUCAGCAGAUUGGUCUCAAGUACUUUGAGGAUUUUGAGAAGAGGAUCCCCAGAGCUGAGAUGCUGAAGAUGCAGGACCUCAUUCUGAGUGAGCUGGAGAAGCUGGAUCCAGAGUACAUCAGCACCGUCUGCGGCAGCUUCAGGAGAGGUGCAGAGUCCAGUGGUGAUAUUGAUAUUCUUCUCACCCAUCCAGACUUCACCUCAGAGUCGUCUAAACAGCCGAAGCUGCUGCAUGCGGUCGUGGAUCACCUGCAAGGGACCGGCUUCAUCACCGACACUCUGUCCAAGGGGGAGACCAAGUUCAUGGGGGUGUGCAAGCUGUCAGAUGAUGAUGAGGGCUCUGACUACCUCCACCGCAGAAUUGAUAUUAGAUUGAUCCCCAAGGAUCAGUAUUACUGCGGCGUUCUUUACUUCACUGGCAGCGACAUCUUCAACAAGAACAUGCGGACCCACGCCUUAGAGAAGGGCUUCACGCUGAACGAGUACACCAUCCGCCCGCUGGGGGUCACGGGCGUGGCUGGCGAGCCUCUCCCAGUGGACAGUGAGCAGGACAUCUUUGAGUACAUCGAGUGGAGAUACCGUGAGCCUAAGGACCGCAGCGAGUGACGUCCAGCAGCGUCCAGCCCCCACUGACCAAGAAACAAAGUGGGGUGUGGGAGGAUUGCAUUGCUGAGUGGGUGGGGGUUUAGGCUUAGCAUCAAGAGUGUUGAUUUCUGCACAACUCAAAUUUCUCUUGAACAAUAAUCCAUCUUACACGUUAGGAAGUCCUUUAUAUUUUAUCAUUUUUAAAUGUUAUUUUAAUAAGCAGUCUGUGGGGCUGCCUUCUGGUUACGAGUCUGAGAGCAGCGUGGGAGUGCCAGGUACUGUGCAGUAUAUACAAACAGGCCCCCUGCUGGCUGAUUACUGGAAUUACACUGCUGUUGUAGAAGCGUUAUAUUGCGUUUUCAUUAUCACCCGGCUGAGAUCAAAUGAUGUUAAAAUGAAUUACAAGGGCAGACUCCCAGCCUAACCAUUGAAUUAGAAUUGCUGAGCUUAUUUAUUUAACAAGUUACCAUGAAGAAAGGCAGUCAGGAUUUAGGAACCCUUCCUGUGCUCAGAGCUGAGCUUUCCUCUCAGUCCUGUCUUUCUCUCCACUCUGAGUAAGAUACACUCAGAGCUGCCCUCUUUCCUCUCAGUCCUGUCUUUCUUUCCACUCUGAGUAAGAUACACUCAGAGCUGCCCUCUUUCCUCUCAGUCCUGUCUUUCUUUCCACUCUGAGUAAGAUACACUCAGAGCUGCCCUCUUUCCUCUCAGUCCUGUCUCUCCUGCUCCAUUCUGAGUAAGAUACAGGCAGGAACACUGUGUUAGUGAAGGGGAACCCCAAUAAAAGGCUAUCAGCACACAG